UUUCAGCAUGAACUUUGACUACAGCAGCGACGAUGAUGAUGAUGAGCGGGAUUUGCCGCCAGCAUCGCUCGGUGCUGCUCACUACUCUGGCGCAUCUGCUGCUGCUGCUGCUGCUGCCUCCAUGCGUGCCACAAGGCCAACACGGGUGCGAUCACUCUCUCAGGCGUCUUCAUCGCGAGGCUGCUCUGCUCCGACGAAAGCGACUGAAGCGCCGACAGCAGCGGCAAUGGAACCAACGAACGGCGACCCGGCGCCAUGUCCCUUCUACGGCUGCUACUUGCUCCGCUCGCUCAAUCCCAAGUACAAGAACAUUACAUACAUUGGAUUCACAGUCAAUCCAGGCCGACGAUACAAGCAGCACAACUCGGGCAAGGAAAAGGGCGGUGCUGUCUUUACAGAUCGCCGCAAGCCAUGGCAACUUGUGCUAUGUGUCUAUGGAUUUAUGGACAAGUACUCUGCUUUAAGGUUCGAAUGGGCAUGGCAGCAUCCGGAACGCACCCGGUUUUUAAAGACGCUGGGUCAUAAAUCCAGCAUGUAUCUGACUCCUCGACUGAGAGUACUGCUCGAUCUGCUCGCUGCACCGGCUUUUGCAAGGACGCCGCUUUGUGUGCAUUGGGUCAACAUGCAGGCCAUGAAGCUGCUUAAUAACAUGCCCCGUGGCCUCCCAUCAAACGUUUCAACAAGAUUUGGUGUGAUUAGAAUGUCCACUCCAGCAGGAAGGCUUGUCGAUCUUGAUUUUCUCGAUGGCACAGUCACAACGACGCCAGUAUUGGCAGCGGACACGGCGAGCAGUGCGCAACUUGGAUCGAGCUUGCAUCCUCAGGAAUGCAGCGUAUGUCGAGUCUGCAUCACUCAUCAUGACAAGGGUGCUGUUCUGAGGUGCAGUCACUGCCAAGCACCAGCACAUACAACUUGCUUGGCGCGUGUUUUUCUUCAACAAGAGAAUGAGACAUCAAGUGAUGGAGCUGUCCGUCACCUUCUACCAGUAUCCGGAGUCUGUCCUCGGUGCCAAAGCUCUCUGCUUUGGGUGAGCUUGGUGCGAGCUGCGCUUGCUCUUCAACAGGACAGUGCCAAUUCCAACUUUUGCGAAACUGCGGAGAAUGUUCUGACAUCAAGCGCUUUAAAUGCUGCCACCUUCGACUUUCCUGAAGAUUAUGUGACAUUUAACGGCGUGGAGGAUGCUGCAAGCGAUGCGUCUCGUGAAGGUCUCUUUGAGUCUUUCGACGAAACUUCGCGCGGAUCGUUCUGUGGCGGCGAAUACAUUGCGAGUACGACCAUGGCCUCGGCUGGCGUUGAAACUUGGCUGGUUGACGAUUAUGAUGAUAACCAAGAAGCUGCCAGUGUGCGAGAUUUCACCAGUGACGCUGAGUGCAUCGAGUUUUGAAUUGGCGACGGUUUUUUGCUGAGUUUUGCCUUUCCCCUGAACGCAUCUCACCCCUCCCGUGCCCCGGCAAUUCGAUUCGCAUUUUGUUAUGAACAUGUAUUUAUUUUUAUCAUGCUAUCUGUAC